AUGGGGGAUCCGGAUGCGCGGCAGAACAUGUUGGCCGCCGAGGUCAAGGAUGGCGCAGCCUGCGCGGAGUGGAAGGAGCACGUGGGCAUGCACCGUGGCUGCGGUUUGCUGCCGGCGGUCGCGGCGUCGCGGGGCUCGCCGCAGCCCGUGUCGGGGGCGCUGCAGCGCUACGUGUCCGCGUUGAACAAUGGCGCAGGCAGGAGUCUGGGGUACCUCCAAGGUCAGCGCGCGGUCAUGCUCGAGCUUCGACGCCAAGCUGCACAGGUGUUUCACGCGUGGGACGACCUGGCUGUGCUGAAUUUCAGGAUAACUGCGUGCAUGCGAGCGCGCCACAGAGACCACCCGGACGAGUGGGAUCCUUUCGAAGUACUGCACGCGUGCAAUAUGCAAGCAUUGGCGUCGCCAGAUAAUGUUCCAGAUGCAGUCCGCGCGUGGCAAGACGAACCCGACGGGGACGCCGUGGCCAUCGUUGGAUGCACGGACGCGCGGCGUGGCGGUGGGGCGUCGCAGGAAAUACACGUUCGCAUACCUCGCGGCGCCGCAGGAGCGGAACUCGACGGUCGGGCUUUCUGGACCGAUACGACGCUACCGCGGGCGUUGCGCGACCAGUACGCUGCGUGCAACGAGAACGCUAAUAGGCGGGUGGAGGAGCGUCCAAGAGUAACGCCGCCGCCGCCGCGCAUGGAACUGGAAAGGGACGUGGCGCGUGAGCGGCGGAGAGCAAUCACCGCAGAGAGCGCGAGUGAUCCCGGCGCGAGCGCCUCGGGCGCGCUGGCGCCGCCACCACCUGGCCAUGAGCCCGGGGCACAAGAAGCCGGAGCACGCAAGCGGCGGCGGGCUGGGGCCACCGUGGGCGACAGCGGCAAAUCGAGGAAAGGUUUGGUUGCCGCGUGGAGCGGGGGGGGGUGUGGCGACGCGGCUGGGUGCGCCGCCGACUGCGCGGGAAGCGCCAUCGGAUCGGCAGCGGGCGGCGGUGGAAACGCGGCCGGGGAGAAAGGAAAGGAGAAAGAUCCAUCGGGGAGCGUCGGAGACGGCGCCCCCCCAGCGGACGCAAUGCAGCAGGCGUUCUACAAUGUCGGCGUAGACGCGGCGUCGAAAGAUCCCCGACGGACCCGAGAAGUCCUCGUGGCAGCUGCUGCAGCCAGUGUACGGCGUCACCCACCCGUGCCCGCGGAUCCAGACGACCCCGCGCAACCAUGGUCGCAAGCCCUGGCGGAGGACAUGGCCGUGGAGUUGCCAGUCGUGCACUGUGCGUUCGUGGGAUGUACGUGGCGGUCGGAGGUAGAAGGCGAGUUGUGCGGGCACGUCCGCGAGGUGCACGGUUCCGUCGUGCUGCCCAUCGCCGAACUUGUUCAUCCAGCGGACGUGGACGAGGAGCGCCUGCCGGCGCUGAUCGCGGCGCUGCUCGGCAAGGCGGUGCGCCGUGCGCGGGGAGGAGCCGGCGGGGCCGCGAAGGCGAUCGUCUUCUUCUCCUCGAAGGAGUCCGUGGACUUCCACCGCGACCUGCUGCUGGACGCCCGGUGGCCCACGCCGCGCGCCAGGAGGCGCCCGGCGGACAGGAGGGCCGGCCGCCACCUCGGCGGCGGGUUUGUGGGCCUCCCGCGCGGGGGCGGCUCUGAGGACGAGGACGCCAUGGACGAGGACGAGGAGGAGGAGGCCGAGGGCGGCGGCGAGGCGGAGGGCGAGGGCGCCCCGGGCGGGAAGAUCUUCGCGGAGAUUCCCCUCUUCAAGCUACACGGCAGCCUGGACAAGGAGGAGCGUGCCGGGCACAUCCGGGACUUUUCCCUGGCGGCGAGCGGCGUGCUGCUGUCCACCGACGCUGCGGCCAGGGGGCUCGACUUCCCAGAGAUCGACUGGAUCGUGCAGUACGACCCGCCCCAGCGCCUGGAGGAGUACCUCCACCGGGUCGGCCGCACCGCCCGCAUCGGACGUACAGGCAACGCGCUGGUGUUCCUGAUGCCGAGCGAGGUUGGCUUCCUCGAGACGCUCCGCUGUCGGGGCGCGGGCGGCCGCAUGCGGGAGCUGCCCGCGCGGCAGCUGAUGAGCCUGCUGGGCACCAGUUGUGGCGCCCCGGCGGACUUCAGCCGCGAGCGGGACUUUCAGGCCCUCCUCGCCGCCAGCCUCACGAGGCACGUGGCGGAGGCGAAGCAGCUGGCACGGAUGGCGCGGGCGGCCUUCCUGGCGGCCUCCCGCUCGUAUCGUACUUUUUCGAAGGAGCUGCACGGCUGCUUCCCCAUCAAGGAGCUCCACCUCGGGCACCUCGCCGCCAGCUUCGCCCUCCGCGACACGCCCGUGGAGGCCUCCGCGCGC